AUGAUAAUAAAAAGAGAUUACAAUAGCAGUCUUGGAGACAGAGAGGGCGUAAAAUUUCCGGAUUUUGCAAGGGAAGUUCAAGAGAAGGUUAACAACGCACUCAAAAGCUUAAAAGGAUUUCACUCGUUGUUGGUUAAGAAAAUUAUUCAGGCUAACAGUGUUAUUAAUCAAGUAAAAAUAUUCGUCCAGAGAGAAUCAAAUAUUAAAGGAAAAAUGGUGGCGAUGUUUUCCAAAAACCUCACUGGGGUGCUUACUGAGACUUUCGGAACCACGCAAACGUCGUCCCACGUAACGGCAUUAACAACUUUAUCACCGCCAUCCAUUACUAAAGUUGAUUCGGUGAACUCUUUGACAAUUUCAACCCAAACAAAUCCGACCAAAAGUCAGUCCGUUGGAGUAUCUUUAUCGUCGAUUUCGGAAGUCGGAUCGCAAACUUCUGGUACUCUAGCUACGUCUCAAUCGUCGCCAAUAAGCGCCUUCUUACGUUUUGUGGCUUCACAUACCACGCAAACAUUAUCGCAAGCAAGCACAUUUAAAAGUGUAUCCCUAUCGUCUUAUAUUGAUGCUGAUUCAGUAAGCCCUUUGACAUUUUUGACCCAAACUACGGCGACCCAAAGUCAAUCCAUUGGAGUAUCAUUAUCGUCGAUCCUGGAAUUAAGAUCUCUGACUACUGGUGCUCUAACUACGUCUCAAUCGUCCCCAGUAAGUCCCUCUUCAAGUUCUGCGGCUUCACAUACCAUGCAAACAUCAUCACAAACAAGCACAUUUACAAGUGUAUCACUAUCGUCUUUUAUUGAUGCUGAUUCAGUAAGCCUUUUAUCAUUUUUAACCGGACCUACGGCUACCCAAAGUCAGUCCAUUGGAGUAUCAUUAUCGUCGAUUUGGGCAGUAGGAUCGCCAACUUCGAGUACUCUAACUACGUCUCAAUCGUCGCCAAUAAGCCCCUUCUUAAGUUUUGUGGCUUCACAUACCACGCAAACAUUAUCGCAAGCAAGCACAUUUACCAGCGUAUCCCUAUCGUCUUACAUUGACGCUGAUUCAGUAAGCCCUUUGGCAUUUUAAACCCAAACUACGGCGAUCUAAAGUCAAUCCAUUGGAGUAUCACUAUCGUCGAUUUCGGCAGUAGGAUCGCCAACUUCGAGUACUCUAACUACGUCUCAAUCGUCCCCAGUAAGUCCCUUGUUAAGUCCUGCGGCUUCACAUACCACGCAAACAAUAUCGCAAGCAAGCACAUUUACAAGUGUAUCACCAUCUUAUGUUGCUGAUGUUGAUCCAGUAAGCUCUUUUGCAUUUUCAACCCCAACUUCGGCGACCCAAAGUCAGUCCUAUGCAGUAUCUUUAUCUUCGAUCCUGGAAUUAAGAUCUCCGACUUCUGGUGCUCUAACUACAUCUCAAUUGUCGCCAGUAAGCCCCUCUUUACGUUCUGCGGCUGCAGACACCAUGCAAACCUCAUGGCAAGCAACGACGAUCGGACCGUAUGAAACACCUACCACGAAAUUCACGGAAAAGGGUGCUGUGUACCGCGUAACAGUGACAAUAGCAAACGAGGUAUACACUGAAGAACUUGCUGACAAUACCAGCGUGCAAUUCAAGAAAUUGUCAAAAGAACUGACUGCUAUUCUCACUGACAUUUUCAAAACCAAGGUGCCAGGUUUUCGUCGGGUGGAAAUUAUUAGCUUCCGCAAAGGAAGUGUUAUAUGCGUAUUUCAAGUCAUCGCGGAGAAAUCGAAAGCAUCGGUAUAUAAAAUAGAAGAGGUACUGACGGAGGCAACUAAGAAUGGAAAGGCAGGUAGAUAUACCUUUAAAGAUGUUAAUGUGGAACAGGAGACAGCGGAGGCGACCAAGCAAUUAAGCACUGGAAUUGCUUCAAUACGCUCAGAAACUUCCUCAAAAGCCAAGACCAGUCAGAUCCUAAUAUCAUCUAAAAAGGCAUCCAGGUCCUUUAGAAUGGAUAUGUAUGUUACAUCUUCUAGUCUGUUCUCCACAACUGUCCCUGUCUCAAAGUCGCUACAACCAAAAACCGCAUCCACAACCUCUGCUACGUCCUUUAAGACUCAAGCGGAGCCCAGUCCCAGCCAAUCCAGUGGGGUUACACCCACAACUACUAUUUCGCCCACGACUCCAAAACCCGACGUCAGUCUUAAAAGGUUCAAUGUUACAAUGACGAUAACAAAUAGAGAUUACAAUAGCAGUCUUGGAGACAAAGAGAGCCAGGAAUUUCAGAAUUUAGCAGCGGAAGUACGAGACAAUGUUAAAAAUGCGCUCAAUGAUUCGAAAGGAUUUAUUUCUUCCGAGGUGGAGAAAUUUCUUGAAGCCAACAGUGUCAAUUGCAAACUAAAAAUACUAGUUCGAGAAGACUCGGAUAUAACCAAAGGAAUGAUAAAAGUAUCAGUUGAAAAUAGCAGUAAAAGUCUGAAACUAACCGAUGUUACAGUAGUGGACACAGGGAUGACAACAACUAUGGCAGUUACGGACAAAAAACACCUACCAAACCCACUGAGAAAACGGUGA